CCCACCAACACUGAGACACGGAAGUGAGAAUUGCUAGUACGCAUGUGAAGCUCAUGAAGCUGGUUGUAUCCACGCGUGUUUUACUCUAAUGUUUACUCUUCAGAACUCGGUUUUUAACGAAAUACAUGCGCCUUGUUUGUAAUAAAAAUGGAAUAUAUUUUAAUACGGAAUUUAAUAUUGAGUAUUUGAACCGCGCGACUGGAAAUCAUGACAGAGGUCCACAGUAAGAUCCCGGUGGACAGUGGGAAUAUCAUGGAGCUGUUUAACAGGGGAAGGCCAGUCAGAGUGUGUGCACCCAUGGUCCGCUACUCGAAGUUGGCUUUCAGAUGUUUGGUGAGGAGAUAUGACUGUGAUGUGUGUUUCACCCCAAUGAUCAUUGCAGCUGAUUUCAUGCGCUCUGCAAAAGCUAGAGACAGUGAAUUCACCACCAAUAAGACUGACCGACCCUUGAUCGUCCAGUUUGCUGCGAAGGAUGCGCAGACGCUGGCAGAUGCGGCGUGUGUGGUUUCCCCUUUCUCAGAUGGGGUGGAUUUGAACUGCGGCUGUCCACAAAGGUGGGCCGUGUCUGAAGGCUAUGGUGCGUGUCUGAUUAACAAACCUGAGCUAGUCAAAGACAUGGUUCGACAUGUCCGAAACCAAAUCGACAAUCCCAACUAUGCAGUAUCCAUUAAAAUAAGAAUUCACAAGGACAUCAGGAAGACGGUGGAUCUCUGUCAGAAGGUGGAGGCAGCAGGAGUCUCGUGGAUCACAGUUCACGGUCGUACAGCUGACGAGAGGCACCAGUCCGUUCACUACGACGCCAUUAAGACCAUCAAAGACAGUCUGUCCAUCCCGGUCAUCGCUAACGGUGACAUCAAGAGCAUGCAGGACGUGGAGGCCAUCUAUGAGCUCACAGGGGUGGAUGGUGCCUGAUACAAAAUGACGUUGCAGUGGACUGCGGUUGCAUCUUUCUUGUAUGCGGAGAUUGGUGUUCUCGUCAUCUUAUGUCUGCCUUUCAUCUCCGCUCAGAGAUGGCAGAGUAUUUUCAAAUGGAGCAUCUGGAACCGUCUUUCCCAGUUCUGGAACAAGGGCUUUCUCACCAUGAUAAUAAUCCUAAUCGUUCUCUUUCUUGAUGCCCUGCGGGAGGUGAGGAAGUACUCGAAUUCUGACCAGAGCAAAGACUCCAAACUGCAUCCCAACAUGUUCGACCACAUGCACAUGAAGCUCUUCCGAGCCCAGAGGAACCUCUACAUCUCUGGUUUCUCACUCUUCCUGUGGCUUGUCAUGAGGAGAGUCGUCACUCUGAUUAACCAGCUGGCCACGGCUAUGGGCACCAGCGCUGCUCUGCAGACUCAGGCUGAAAGCGCCAACAAAGCUGCCAAGAAAUACAUGGAGGACAAUGAGAUGCUCAAACAGGCACUUACAGACAGUAAAGCAGAAGGAGGGAAGACACAAGAUCCAGAGGAGAACAAACCGCUGAAGAGCCUGACGGAGGAGCUCAAGAGCAGCAAAGAUGCUCUGAAAAAAUCAAAUUCAGAUUUGGAUGCCAUGAAGAAACAAGUUGAAGGACUGACCAAAGAAUAUGAUCGUCUCCUUCAAGAGCACCAGGAGCUUCAGAAUCAGCUGGACAGUGGAGACAAAAAAGACAACUAGGAAAGUGGACGCAUUGGAAACCUGUACGUUAUUGCACGAUAAUCACGAUCAUGCUCAGUUCCUCCCACAUGCACUCACCUCGUAGCAUCACAUGCAAACUGUUAUGAGUCCUCAGUUCAUGACAUCACAUCCUGUCAGGUUACCCGCUCGCCACACAUCUGAUGUAGCAGUUUUCUGGCUUUGAUCCCUCUGGUUUUGAUGUUGAAGCGGUGCAGUGCUGUAUUUUGAGAUUGCUGCAUAAUGCGGCUGUCUGCGAAUAGAGUGACUGAAACCCGACACUCAUGGAUGUGUUUACAGGAAACUGUAGGUUAUUUAGACAAAAAGCCAUGGGAAAGCCAUGCUUUCCUUCUCCUCUGCUCGAUUCUGUCCCUUGUUUUGUUUAAAAGUGCACAUCAAACCAGGUUAGUCAUGCAAAAUCCAGAAACAUGCAAACAUGAGUCAACAGUAGUACGGUUGGAAUACUUCCUGAAGUACAUUUCCACAGCAAUAUUUCCAUUCAUAUUUUCCAAAGACGACAUAAUGCAAGCCUAUCUAAGAUGACAUACAUUACAGGCUACGUUAGUCAUUUGAUCAACUUUAAUUAAGAAGAAUAAAAGCGUAUACACUCAAACAACAGGUAAGAAGUAAACAUCAAAAUGAGACCAUUUAUUUCCGGGCUGAGCAAACAGUCUGUUAGUGAGCGGUUAGUGUGUUUGUUCUCGAGUCUGGAGAGGUAGGUCAAUUACACCUGAGUUCAAAUGCUCUUAGUUGUUAAACAAAUGCUGAAAUGUGAAACUAAGCAGAUUUCACAGUUCAAUAGAGAUAAAUGAUCAUUUCUUAAUUUUGAGUCCAUUUGAGGUAGAUGGUUUUGUGCUAUCGAUGUUUAACAUUGUUGAAUCUUACAAAGCAUGUCCAGGCCAUACUUCACCCCAUUUUGUAUAAAGAAAAUUAAUGUAUUAAGUUUUUUUUUCUUUUGCAUUUUUAUUAUAAUUUAAAAAUAUUUAUUUCUAUUAAGCACAUUUUUAUGGAAAUUUGUUUCUGCCAUGGGAUGAAUAUCUUUAAGGUAAUUGUGACUUUUAUAGCUCACAAUUCAGACAUUUUCCCUCAAAAUUGCAAGAUAUAAACUUGCAAUUCUGAGAAAAAAAAACGUAUUUUUAUUUUUUAGUCCAUUGCAGAAACAAAAAAUUGUGAGAACAAGAACUGCAAUAUGUAAACUCAGAAUUUCAAAGAAAAUUAGAAUUUUGAGUUUAAAUUCUGAAUUUUUAUUUUUUAUCUCUUCUAACAUUUCAUAUUUCGCAAUUCUGGGUUUACGUCUCGUUUUUUUCACAGAAUUGCGAGAAAAACAUCAGAAUUAAUAUCUCACAAUUACGAUGUUUUUCUCGAAUAGUCAUAACAUAAUACAUUAAAAAAAAAAAAAGUAGUCUAGAUGCACUAUCUUUAUGCAAAAUAUAGCUUGUUUUUUUCUUUUUCUUUUGAUUGCAGGGUUAAAUCUGACCUGGACAUGUUUUGAUGAGAUUCACUCUGUUAUUAGAUGAGGGCUGGCUAUUUUAUGUCAUUGUUCGCCUAUUCUAGUCACAAAAUUUUACAAUUAAAACUAUUUAGACUUGUGUGAAUAUUAAAAGACUUUACUAGAAAUUAUCCUGCGCUGUAAGACAGAAAAAAACACGGCUAAAUCUGAUUUCUGUAAUAAGAUUAUCAUUUUUUUAAUUUACUAAGAAUAAGCCGUCACCCACCAUGUGGGUGUUGAAAAUCAUGCUGUCAGUGCAUGCGUCUAUGAUGCACGAGGCUACCACGCUCACUUCCUCUCCCUCAGAUGCAGGAAAAUUAGGAGAAAACCAAAAAUGUUCUUAGUUGUCGUUGCUAUGCAAGCUUCUUGUAUGGUCGGCUGAUUCCCUAAGGAUGGAAAACGGUCUGAAAUGUCGGAUUGUUUAUGCCUUUGCUGUAUCGGUAUCUUCCUGUCAAAUGUGGUCGAAUAUGCUAUUUUAUGAAUGCUAUGUUCUUCUAUUGGGUGCAUAAAUCACCUGUCUAAGUGCCUCGUUUACAUUCUGCUGUGAUUGUAUAUGCCAUUUUCACGAUUAAAGCGAGAAACGCUA